GCUUACUGCAUUGAACAGGCAAGGCCGCAAGAGAAUGGGCCAGAUGGACCUUUCGAACCCAACGGGUCAAACUGCACGCCUUGUUUUUAUCGACAGUCGUGGAGCUGAAACAGAGGCUUCCGUUCCCUAGUAGGAGAGGUAAGUAAAACAGAUAUAACAUUCGAUAAGAGGGCGCGUUAACGCCGGCUGAAAGCUAAGCUCAUAAAGAAAGGGAGACGCUCUCGGUCCCAGACGUACAGCUGUGACGACAAUGUUGUUCCUUGUGGAAUGGGCGGAAAACGGCAAUUUACGAAUGACAUCUAGAAGAAAAAAAAAUCAGGGGCAUAAAAUAAAAAAAGUAGCGAGAAUACAGUGGAAAGAGAGCGUGGCGGGACGGGGAAGAAGUGGCAAGACCACACAAGACAAAUAAUAAGCCAAGAAAAAGUAUUCCGCGUUAUCAGCCACAGGCGGGCGGUGAGCAGAGGAGAGGCGAUAGUGCGUCGUCGUUGCGAGCUCCUUUGCGGCUCUCCUGGAUAAGGCGAUUCUAUAUCGUUCCUUCUGAGCCCUCGAUAGAAGCGGAACGAUCUCAACAAGGCGGCCGCCGCACACGGGCACUGCCCGUGCGUCAGUCGAGACGGUCGAGUGCCCCGCGCCACGGGGAAGGACGCAUCACUACUGCGUAACGCAAGCGUGCACGCGCCGGGGACCCGGGAUAGCCCCUGCGCGCGGCCGUGUGGCUCGCCCCGGCAGGGCAGCUGGCCCACGUGACAUCGAAGGAAGACCACAUCAGUUAACGCUGCGGUGAUUCGCCACCCGGUAGAUUGCGCGCCACAUGGAAGCUGCAAUGAUCGUUGUGAUGAACAUACCCGACUACCCCCUAUUACCAGUGUGCGCAAGUUGAUAACAGUCCGUGCUUUCCGGUGCAAGGCCAAGCUACAUCAUGAAAAGGACUACCAACUGGUUGCACUAAUCGAAAUCGAGAAAAAGGACGACGUAGCCUUGUAAGGGAGAUCACCGCUUCAUGUGCCAAGCAGCCGAGGCAAGUUUCCAUGCACCGCAGAUUUGGACGACAACGCUGCCUCGACGGCUCACAGAUGACUGUGUAGCGUCGCCGACGGGCCGUCUGUGUCCGGCGGGUGCCUCGGCUACAUGAGCUACGGGUCACCCUGUCGCUGCACGUGCGGCGCUCUCGGUAAUGCGGGCUCACACUCCCGUCCACCCCCGCGGCAACAGCGGUACAGCAGGAUCAGAAUCUCGUGUGCACCAGGAGAACAGCCGACGCGAGUCGCUGCUUCAAGUCCAUUAGACAGUCGUAGCCUCGCAGAAGGCGUGUCUGUCAACGACGUGGACGCUCUCAUCGAACUUCUAAGCUCGCCUCCGUCCCACGACAGUGUCACGUACGGCGGGUCCGACCGCCAGCAGCAGCACCAACUGACACAGGCGACGUCCAUUGGCUGCUCGCCAUCAAGCAGCAACGUUAUCGGCAGGAGCAGCGGCACACCGGUUCUGACACCACGAUCAACAUCCAACGAGCUGACCACCUCGGAGCAGCUCGUCGUGCAGCUCUUCAUGGACGAAGUCGACAUCAAGGAGAGGGAGAUUGCCGCCGCAGCCUUGGUGGCGGCGGCCAAGGAGCAAGAGGAAGGAAACAGCGACGUCGUAGUGACCACGGCCGAGGACGACUCGCCGUGGCCCAGCUACUGCAACACAGAGGCCGGGCACCGCGGAGCCAGAAGUAUUGGAUGCGGGGCACUGGCAGCGCCGUCGACGCUGGCCUUGCUGCUGCUGGCGGCCGUUCUCGUGUCGAACGCGCUGCUCGCCGUAGCGUACUACGAAAAGCGGACGUGGCUGUGUGUGACCACGGUAGGCCUAAUGCAUUCACCGUCACUGCUGUUCUUCGUGGCCCGCGUCUACUCGGUGGCCGUCCUGGCGAGCAUCAAGGAGCACUUCAUGAGGGCUCUGGCGCUCAUCUGGUACUCGGUCACACUGCCGCUGCUCCACGUUCUGCCACUUCUCACGCUGUCGUCCGUGCUGUUCGACAAGGUGAUGAUGGCGACGGGCGACCGGUCGGACAUGCGACUGUUCAUCGGCCGCCAGGAAGACGCUGCCUUCAGCGACCUGAUCUGGGUGGCCGUGCUGCAUGCCUUCCCGCAGGCGGUGCUGCAGCUGCACCUGCUGCUCUUCGCCGGUGGCGCGGCCCGGCUGCUGCGAGGCGACUUGCCCGACUACACCGCCGUUUUGCAGAUGGUAUCCGUGCUAUCCUGCGCGCUACUGAUCGCUUGUGUGGCCACCUUCUACAGCAAGUACGUGGUGCGCGGCCGAGGCGGCGACGAAGAGACCAUGGAUGGGUCCGCCACCUACGAGACCGCCACCACCACCACUACCGCGCUGCAGGAGUGCGACGAAGACACCGGCACCGGCUACCUGCUCAAGUUCGCCGCCUGGCUGCUCAUCACGGUGGCGCGCAUCGUCGCCGGCAGCUCGCUGCUGGCUGUUUACUUCGGGCCGGCCGUGCUGGCCUUGGCGCUGGCUCAUGUGCCCGUGGUCCUGCUCUGGUCACUGGUGUGUCGCACGCGCUACAGCGCAGCCAAGUUCUUUGGCGACCUGGCGCUGGGCCUCAUCACGCUUGUGUUUGUGCUCGACUACCGCGCCCUGAACCGCGAAGGGCUAGCCAGCACCAUGUCCGCUGUGGUCUUCCUGUGCGCCACGUUCUUCGAGAACACUGUGUGCUUGGCUCUCGCGUACAUGAUGGUUGGUGGUGGGCCGCCGCACUACACCGUGCUUCUGGUGCUUGUCGGCACCCACUACGCGGCCAUGACGUGCGGCGUGUUCUUGCUAUUGUGCCACAUCCGCAUGCGCCAGCGCAAGGCCGAGUACGCUUUCUGACCAGAAGAGCGCGACACUGGCAGGGCAGGAGGGACACGCGCUGGUGUGUGCAGGCUCGGGGCGAGAUGACGCACACUGCUGGCUCUAUUACCUCUUUUCUUUUUAAUAUCGCGCGCGAACAUUGGUGCCCUUAUUUAUUUCCAUACGUUUCGUGGCCAUCUCACACAAGCGCACGCCUGGACAGCACGUCACGGUAUAGUGUUGUUCUUUGUCCACUGUUAGUUGUUUCAGGGCCCAUAUAACAAAAUAUAAAUAUAGCUUUCUUUCGACGCUUUCAACACACGACAAUGCAAUUUUAUCGCUGUUUGUACAGUUAUUGUUGAUGCUUGGAACUGUAUUGAGAUGUGUAUAUAACUGUUUCCCGUGCGUUUCACACAUUGUUCCGUCUUUGUCUCCAACGGUGAACGAAAUACUUCGGGUUUGAAUUUGUUGGAUUGCAAGCCGAGAACAUUCAAAGUCUGGAUACGUCACCCAUGGCGUCAGAGAACAGGAAUGCGAUAAGACUUGUGAAUAGGAUGCCCAUGACAGUGAGAAGCGUGUAAAUAACUACGAAGGUGAUGUGGACAGAUAGCACUGUACAUAGCAGAUCAUUUUUGUGAUAUAGAAGUGAUAAAAUGCUGUGACAAAUGAUA